CGAGGGUGUAAUGUAGCCAGCACAAUGUCCAGACGUUUUUCAUUUCUCAAGCUUAGUAAGAUACUUGAAAAAAUCUUGAGAUAGUGCUGAUUGGAACGAAGAAACAAGCAGAAACAAUUAUGGAGAUUAAACAAUGAAAAGUUCCAUUUAUAUUUCUCACAAUAGUUUUGACUCUAAUUGACACGUUUAGUUGAUAACUAAGUUCCUGGACCUAUAUACACAGCACACAGUAGUUACACAGUCUAGUAAACACAAACGCACACCCGCAAAUACACUCAUGUCACGUGAUUUCAUUAUCAACUUAAGGUGUGUUAUUAAAUGGUUAUUAUAAUAUAGGCUACAGUAAAGCGUUGUACAGGUGUACAUGUCCAUAUGGAUAUAUUGGAUUAAAGGAUCACAAACCUUUACCUUUUUAUGUCCAGGCCUGAUAACAUGGUCUCAAUUACCAGGUCAAAUGAAUUGGAUUUUAAAAUUCUCUUCAACAAAAUAAAUAGACUAACUAAUCUCUUAGUGUAACCUUAUUUCAACUCUCCAAAACAUGCUAUAGCCACAAAGAAAUUUUUUGUUCAAGAGGGCAUAUCUUUCUAUCCCUAAUUAUGGGAAGCGAACAAUCAAAUUUAAACGACUCCGAUACCGGGUCUGAAAUGGCAAGCGCCAAAGACAUAAGUGUGGAAGAGGGAGAUGCAGUUCAGCUGUGCAGCUUAAGCGAUCUACAUGAUGAAUGUAUUCAACUUAGGGCUGGUGUGAAACUUUUGGCUGAAGCCAUUGACGACGUCUUUGGCGAAAGGGAAACCAGCAGUGCGCCAACCAACACGGAGAAAAAGCUGCUGGAAAUUACUCGCUCCAAUCAAGAUAUUGUCCGAAACUUGGCGAAAAGCCUGGAGAAGCAUGCCAAGCUUUUUGACCAGGGUAAGAACGAGCAGGUGAUGGCCAUAGUCCGCGAGGUGGUGUCGUCUGUCAAUAGCUACAUGCACAUGCUGAUCACGAACAUCCGAAAAGUCAAGCGUCUCAUCUCCGAGGCAGACGGGGCGCCUCAACGCUCUGACAGACGCAGCGGACGUGCGAACUCGGAGCUAGUCUAUGACGUGAUCAGCGAAAACCAGGAUGUAGACGCCAUGUUGCUGCAACUGAUGGACACACUGGCAGAGAGGGAGGAACUAGAAAAGGAUAUUAUAAAAGCGUUAAUAUUAUGGAAGACUAGGACGUCAUGAGGACUUGUAUACAAAAACAACAACAUUUAUAUAUGUUAUCUGUGACAAUUGACACAUAUCGAUAAUUACGUUCAACGCAUAUCAUUCCGUUAUUACAGCGGUUCUCAACCUUUUAUGCUCGACGACCCUUUUUACAUUUCCCCACUCUGCCGCGACC